AUGACUGCAACCGCAGAGCGAAGGUUCAUUAAUCUCAGGAAACGUCUGGAUCAAUUGGGCUACCGGCAACCGUUGGGAGUGGAGAGUUUACCUUUGGUGGAGAAGCUUUUUAGUGACCUAGUUCGUACAACCGAGAGCUUGCGCAGUGCAAAGUUAUCUGCUGGAAAAACUGAAAAAGAAUUCAGCAAUUAUGAUGCUAUUUUGGAACCUUAUAAAACAGAGAAUGCUCAACUUACCAAGGAAAAUAAUGAACUACAUUUAGAAAUAUUAAAACUGAAAGAGCAAUCUGAUCAUCAUGUUAAAGAUCUGAAAGCCUCCUUAAGGAGGGUUGAACAUGAAACAACUGACUUGAAAUUUCUGAAUAACCAAUACAUACAUAAAAUUAAAAUGCUGGAAAAAGAGAACAAAGCCAAGACUGAAAAAAUUCAGCAGCUUCAGGAGAAGAAUCUGCAAGCAGUGGUGCAAACACCUGGUGGCAGAAAAAGAAGCAUUCCCUUCAGGCGUCAGCGCAUGCAGAUAGACCAGCCUGUCCCUCCAUCAGGUGUUAGUGCCUAUCCAGUUCCUCAGCCAGAGGACCCUUAUAUCGCAGACCUUCUUCAGGUGGCUGACAAUCGAAUUCAUGAGCUUCAGUCAGAAGUAACAGAGCUACAAGAAAAACUGGAGAUAUCUGAACAUGAAAUGAAAAAUUAUAGCAAACAGGUUGAGCUAAGAGACAAAGAAAUAGAGCGCCUAGUGCUAGCAUUGGAUGGUGGGCGUUCUCAUGAGGUUAUCUCUCUGGAAUCGAGGAGUAAAAGUAACGAGAAGCUUAUCACCCAUUUGAAUUUGCAGGUUGAGUAUCUUCAGCAAACAAAGAAAGAACUUGAAAAUCGUAUUCAAGACCUCUUGGACACUAAACAGAAUGUGACUAGUGAAGUAGUGCAUUUAAGCAAUAAAAAUGAAGAACUGUGUCAAGAACUGAAUGAAAUAGACCACUUGGCACAGCAGUUGGAAAGACACAAGGAAAUUGUACUUGAGACUGCUGAUAAGGAAAUAGGAGAAGCAAAGAAAGAAAUUGAAAGAAAACACAGUGAAAUACAGGAUCUUGAAGAAACAAUAACAAAACUUAAAUCAGAGUUGUGCUCGUGUCGUAGAGAGAAUGAGAGAUUGAGUGAAGAACUCUUUGGAAAAGCAGAUGAUAAAGAGAAUCUUGAACUGUUGUUGAACCAGCUUGAACAAGAGAAACAGAGGCUGACAGAAAAAACAGAGAACUUAGAAAUAAAAGAACGAGAACUUGUCCUCGAAAUAGAAAGAAUGAGAUUAGAAUAUGGUAUAGCCCUGGGAGACAAAUCUCCAUCUCGUCUAGAUGCAUUUGUCAAGACUUUAGAAGACGACAGGGAUUAUUAUAGGCGAGAAUUAGAAUAUCUUCAGAAAAUGAUAAAACGAAGGCCUAGCCCAAGCCGUAGGACUCCAGAGAAGGUAAAUGAAGAUCUCAGAUUGAUCACCAGAGAAAGAGAUGAGCUACGGUCCAUGUUAGACAGAUUUGAAAAACACAUGAUAGAAAUUCAAUCCAACGUCAAAUUAUUGACUGCAGAAAGAGAUAGAUUAAAUGUUCUUUAUGAGCAGUCUCAGAGUGAAUUGAACAGAAUGAGAAGAGAAGCAAAACAUAAUUUAGUUUCUCAAAGUCAUGUGGAAGAAGAAAGAGACAUUGCACUGAUUGACUUUAGAAAACUACUGGCAGAAAAAGAAAGCCUCAGAGAAAAAUUAAAGAUUCAACAAGAAGCAGCUAACCUUGAAAAGUCAAAGAUGCAGCAUGAUAUUUCAGAACUGGAGAAUAAUAUUCAAGGAUUUGAGAUGGAAAGGUGUGAACUGAAGACUACAGUCUCUAUCCUGAAAGAAAGAAUAAACUCUUUGGAAAAUGAAUUAAAAUUGAAGUCCAGUAAACUUGCCCAGACAUCUGAUGAUUCUUCUCAAUUUAAAGCUGAGAUUUGCUCACUUCAGCUCUUAAACGACCAACUUCAGAGGUCUGUUGAAGAUUUGCAGCACCGAUUGUCCCUCAAAAAGGACGAACUGCAGUCAGCUCAAGAAGAAAUUGUAAAGCUAGAGGAGAAAAUAGACAGGUUAAACCAGAGGAGCACUUCACAGGAUGAAACAGUCAAUAUGCUUAGAAGUACUAUUACUGUUUUGGACAAAGAAAAGGACAGUCUUCAAGAAACCGUGGAUGAAAAAACAGAAAGAAUUGCAUGCUUAGAUGACAACUUAGCUAACAAGGAAAAAACAAUUACUCAUUUACGUCUAACUCUCUCUGAGCUGGAGUCCUCAAAAGACCAGAUGAAGGACAUGCUGAGCACCAGAGACCGUGAGAUAUCUAGCUUACAUCGCCAGCUUGAUACGUCCCACACAGAGCUUGCAGAAACAGGAAGAGUAAAGGAAAUGGCUCUGAAAGAAAACAGACGACUGCAAGAUGACCUAGCUACAAUGGCCAGAGAAAACCAGGCUAUCAGUACUGAGCUUGAAGAUGCAAUACGUGAAAAAGAAGAAAUGAAAAACAGGGUUCAUAAUUAUAUAACUGAAGUUUCCAGAUUUGAGACCCUGAUAGCUUCAAAGGAAAAAGAAAAUGAAGAAUUGUUAGAGAAGUUCCGAAUGCUCCAUACACAAGCUGAAGACUGGGAAAUGAAGGCUCAUCAAGCUGAAGGAGAAAGCAGCUCAAUACGACUUGAACUCCUUUCUGUAGAUACAGAUCGGAGACGUCUUCGGGAGAGAGCAGAACUUCUGGAAAAAGAAAUUCAAGGGCAUAUCGUUGCACAUCAAGCAUAUGAAUUUCAGAUCUCCUCCCUUACAAAAACUGUAUCCAAAUUGGAAGAGGAUAUUAAACGUGAAAAUCAGGAUAAGUCUUCUGCGUUGGCGGACCUGGCUUCUGUGAGGGAACUCUGUGUGAAACUUGAGUCUAACAAAGAACUUUUAUCUCGACAGCUGACAUCCAAAAGCAUGGAUUAUGAAAGGGUUCUAGGUGAAUUAGAAGAUAUGAAAUCAGAAGCAGAGUUGCUGAAAAAGCAGUUAUCCAGUGAGAGGCUUACAGUUCAGAAUCUUGAAACAUUGCUGGCUACUAGUAGAGACAAAGAAUUUCAGAACCAUUUAACAUCCCAUGAGAAAGAUUCCGAAAUUCAGUUAUUGAGAGAUAAGUUAACACUCGCUGAGAGCAAACUAAGCAGCUAUAAUAGAGAAAUUCCCAUACUUCGGAGUAAAGUUGCACAGCUGCAGACUGACUGUGAUGUUUUAAAAAGGCAACUGACAACUGAACGAUUUGAACGAGAACGUGCAAUUCAGGAAAUGCGUCGACAUGGUCUUUCUACAUCAUCAUUACGUGCUUCACCUCCUCUCAGUUCAACAUUAAGAUCUCCCUCACAUUCUCCAGAAUGUACCAUUGCAAGGACAACUGAUCAAGCAGCAGCUGAAAAAAAUGUGAGCUUCAAGGAAUAA